UGUCGAUAUUGUAAUAUAAGAGGAAUUUGGUCAAAUCAUAUUUAUUAUCCUACCACUCCACCAAAUAAUUUUGAAAACAAUACAACAUAUGAUUUAUUUGCAUUACCUAAUCGAACACAUGAAGAGUGGCAACAAAGGCUUGAAAAAAUUCAUAAAUCAAAGGUUGGAAAAAUGCGAGAUACUCUUGUUAAUAAAUAUGGCAUUAUAAAGCGUAGUAUUCUAUUUAACUUGUCCACAACUCGUUUUCCUGAUUCAUUUCCAAUAGAUAUUAUGCAUGUAUUUUAUGAAAAUGUUGCCAAAUAUAUGCUUAGUCAUUGGAUGGGUACUUUUUAUACAAAUCAAACAUUAAAUAAUGAGCCAUACGUACUUUCAAAACAAGUUUGGACAAAUAUUGGAAAAAAAUGGAUCAGAUUCGUAAAACUAUACCAACAGCAUUAGGAAGACCUCCACGCAAUAUAAUACUACAUCACCAUGGAUACAAAGCUGAAGAAUGGGCAGGAUGGAUAACAAUGUAUUCAUUGCCAUUACUUAAAGAUUAUUUGCCAACAAAAUAUUAUAA